UGCGGAAGUCCAUCACCCGCAAGGUAAGGUUGAACCCGAGUGUAACCAGGACGCAACGACGAAAUACAAUGAGCGGUGACACCAGGCUGAGUGCCGAGAAGCAGGCGUGGCUCCUACAUGCGGGAAGUCGGGGACAUUGACGUUUGGCCAGGACAUUCAGGAGAGCGCAGCGAGUAUGGAGCCGACGGGCGCCGGUGGCUGCUCCACGUCGCAGCUGAGUAACGAUGAGCAGAUCAAGUUGCUCAAUGCAGUGAAAAACCGAGAGCUCACAGUUGAUCAGGCCUGGGAAAUUGCACACAGUGGCAAGUCUACAGUGCAGGAGGCAAGCAAACCAGAUAAGAUGCUUGAAAGUACACCCUACAGCUUUGUUGUCCACAAAUAUAACCGAUACAGAUGGCAGAAAAGAAUAUUGAUGAUUGAUUUCAAGUCAAGGAUGUUGUGUAAUAUUGAAAAAGGAAUUAUUAAAAAACAGUUUAAAUUUAAUUCCAUCCAAUCCUGUGAACAUCUUGAAGGGCAGAAGUUCAGCAUUUCAUUUUUAGGCCACCAUGAUUAUGAACUUGAAGCCACAUCUUCUGAAGAUAGAGUAAAGAUCCUCCAGCUUGUGAACCAAAGCAUUCGGAGUAAUAUUAAUGAGGAACAGCAGAAACAUCAGAGUGCCAAUAAUACUGCACAGAUAAAUACUGGAGUCAUAAAAGAGGGACAUAUAGAAUUACAGAAAGGAGACCUUACUUCAGUAAGGUGGAACAGAUGCUAUGUGCAACUGCGCAAAGGAGAACUGCAUUUCCAACGUGUUAAUGUUGGUGAAGCUGGUGAACCGCUGGGCUUGACCCCAAACCUGAUUUACUUGUCGGAUGGUAACACAAGUGUACACAAGGAAGCAGAAAAUGGAUCCUUUACCAUCAUCACAAAGAAAAAUUGUUACUUACUUCGAAUACCAGUUACUGACCAGUUGAAAAGCACAGGAGAUUUAAUAUUGCACCGGGAUGAAUGGAUAGAUGCAAUUGAUAAGUGUUGUUUGCAUUGGAAGAGAUUAUCUCAAGCACAGUUUUUUGGUGAGAAUACCUUGUUUGAGGUUAUGCCAGCUACACCAUCCAGAAAGGAGCCUGCUGAACAUCUCUCAUUAAAACAACUGGACGUACUUCAAAACCAGAUGUGGGAUAAAGGAGAAGAAAAAGAAGAAGGAAAAAACACUUCCCCAGCUGAGAAAUCCCCUUUCCAAACAGUGCCUAUUUCUCCCAGACCUCUGCGCAUCCCAAUGCCACCUUUACCUCCUGUUCCAUACCAGAGACCUGUCAUACCUCCUCCGCUCCGAGCUCAAAAUUCAAGUGGUAUCAUGAGGAAGACAAAACCAUUCCACUGGGAAAAGGUUGCUGCAGAAAUGAUAUCAAGAUCUAUUUGGGGACAGAGUUCUGCACAAGAAUUGCAAUUAAAUUAUCCAAGUCUCUUAGAUCAGUUCGCUGCCCAAGAAAUGGUGAUCCAUUCAGUCAAUGAAUUUUCCACUCAUCAGGUUAUUCUUCUGAAUCAAAAAGUUGCUCAGAACUUCAACAUUUUUCUGAAAAGUUUUCCUGUCAAAGUGAACCAAUUGAAAAUGAAAUUACUCAUAUUACAAGAAGAGAAUGGCGGACUAACAAAUGAGCAGAUCACUUCAUUGCGGAGGUAUGUUCCCACUCCCAGUGAUAUUGAAAAAUACAAAGCAUGCAAAGACUCUCCAUCUGAUCUCCAUAUUGUUGACCAAUAUAUGAUGGAGAUGUGCAACAUUAGUUUUCUGAGCCAGAAACUGGAUCUUAUCCUUGCCUUGCGAGAACUUCCAGAAACUAUUGACGACCUUCAGCCCUUGAUAAAGCAGAAGAUCAAGGCAUGUUCGCAGUUGCAGAACAGCAAGAUGUUUGCUUCUGUGCUUGAUUAUCUUCUCGCAAUAGGCAAUUUCUUGAACAAGAAUGCUGGCAAGGAAAUGGCAAAAGGAUUUUCUCUGUCAUGCCUUCCAAAAGUGGUCGACUUGAGAGGGAAGGACAGGACAUUCACCUUACUUCAUGCUCUUGUGGACCAGAUCAUGUUGCUAGAACCAGACUUGACAAACUUUCCCCAUGAGCUGACAGAAUUUGAAGAGGUUCCUGGAGAUUCCAUUAAGGGUUUGAUUGCAGAGGUAGAUGGUUUAAAGAAUGAGAUGGAAAAAAUCAAUCUGAACAGAGAGAUACUUAAAUCAAAGAACAAGAACAGCUCGGAUGUGCAAUUCUACAAAGAACUGAAGUCUAUUGUUGAAAAACAUGAAGUCGAACUGUCACAGUUGAGUAAACAACGUGAUGAAAUGAAGAAACUCUACAGUGCCAUCUUGGUCAGAUUUGGAGAACCACAAGAUCGAGACUCGGAAGCUGUGUUCGGAUGGGUCUCCUCCUUCAUAAAAGAUUUCAGAAAAGUUGUUGCAGAACAAAACAAAUGUAGAUUGAAAACAGUUCAGAAAUAAUACUGACUUUUGUUAUAAGAACUUUUCUUUUCCUGGUGGCUAAAUUAUGUAUUUCAGAGUAGUGCUGAAAUUAGUCAAAUUACUAAUGUUAUUCUAAAAUCCAGUGCCCUGAAAACUGAAAUAGGACCAUCAAUUUGUUCAUCUUAUUGUCGAGAUAUUCAUCACCCCUUUCAUUUAACUCCCUCUAUAAUCACACACUAGGAGAACAAAUGGCUGCAACGUCCUCAAGGCUCCCACCAGUGUUAUUCAUGCGGGUUCUCAGAGGGUUGCAGUCCUGGAUGAUAUACUGGCCCAUUAAUUGGAUGGAAAUUCAAUUGUUCAGAGGAUUAUACAGCUCAUUAUGACAAGAUUCAAGUGUAUGGACAAGCAUUCUAUUACAAUCAAGCACAGAAUGCGUGAGCACCAGAAAUAUACUCCAUGUUAGGUACUGUGGUGCAAUUAAUGGAGUUGCUGCCUCACUGCUCCAGUGACUUGGGUGCAAUUCAAGCGCCUGGUGCUGUCUGGUGUUUGCAUUUCCCAAUGUGAUCAUGUGGGUUUUUGCCAGGUGCUCUGGUGUCCUCUCAAAUUCCAAAGACGUGUAGGUUGGUAGGUUAAUUGGUCACUGUAAAUUGUUCCUAGUGGGUGGUAGAAUCUGGGGGGAAUUUAUGGGAAUGUGGGAGAAUAAAAUUGGAUUAGUGUAAGUUUACUGUAAAUGGCUGCCCAGGAGUUGUUUCUGUGUUGUGGAGGCAAAUUCACUGGAUGUUUUCAAGAGAGUUAGUUAUAGCUCUUAGGACUAAUGCAAUCAAGGGAAAUGGGGGGAAAAGCAGGAAUGGAGUACUGAUUUUGGAGGAUCAGCCAUGAUCAUAAUGAAUGGCGGUGGUGGCUCGAAGGGCCUAAUGGCCUACUCCUGUACCUACUUUCUAUGUUUAUAUCUCUCUGUGACGAUUAUUUGAUGGCUCUUAAAGUUAGAUGAGUGUUAAUCAGAUUUCUUCAUGUGAAAGUUUUUUUGUCUGCAAAAAAAAAUUCCAAUAUAAGCCCUUCUGCUGAUAAACAGGAUACUUAAGUGAACAAAAGCAACAUGCCGAUUUCAAUUUUGAUAUUUUUUAUAUUGGAUGUUUUAUGAACAGGAAAUGUCAGUUUUAGGGAAAAUAAUGUCAAGUUACGUGCUCAAAAGCUGCAGGGUUUGAAUUUAAACUUUUGCAUUGAUAGGAUGAAAAUAUGCAAAAUCUCUUGGACUGCUUAAUGCGUUGAAUACAAAUGCAGAUGGUUGUGAAACUGCACAAGCCUAGGUACAAUGCUGCAGUGAUUGCCACUGAUUAUCCAUUUAUAGGCAGCAGGGAUGGCUUAUCUGGGAAAUGCAAAUGUCUUCUUGUGGAGAUGGGGAGGUGAUGUUGACGAAGGUGGGUCUGGAGAAGAUUUCUUGAUGCAGAUGGCAAAUGUAAAAAUUGCAAGACUAUUCCUGCGGAUUCAUCCUUGUUGCAAUAUCAUACAAAUCAUUUGGGUUAAAGUAUUGGAAAAUAGCAUUUAAAACGGUAAAAAUAUGCAAUAAAUGUUAUUGGUAUUAUAAUAAAAUAAAACGUAAAAUAGUACAAAAAUCUUCCUGCUUGAGGUUUUAUAUUCAUUUCUCCUGAUUUAUUGGCCAUGGGUAUUUGGGAUUCUGGCUGUGAUCCUUGUUCAAGAGGUUGAGUGAUUGUUUCAGACAAAAUAAAUAUUGCUCCAGGCGAUGGAUUUUUAGAAUUAUUAAAGGUGCCACGGAGCAUCCUUGAAAACUUUGAUUCUCAAAGUCUAUAUGGUAUCCAACCACACAUCUCUUAACCUAAUAUGAUUUGCCUUGUCAGUCGUAGUUGUAAAAAGCUUUUCUCCCGUCAGGCUCAUAUAAAUGGCUAGGCUUUCUGUGUUGAUCACAGUUAUCAUAUAGAUUUCAUUACUUUGUAUAUAAAUGGUCUUGCGGAAUUGAGUGUGUCUUUUAUGUGACUGCCAUCUUACCUGCAUCUAACAUCUUAUCCAAGUUCUAAAUCCCUUGUAAAUUUGAGGAUGUGCAUCCAUCUAUCAAUAAGCCAGCUCUUUUGGUGGUACCUUUGAGGUUGGCCCAUCAUAACCCAAAUGCUGAUACCAUGGUAUUUUACCUUCUGAUUGUGUCUAGAAACUUUUAUUCAGAGACUUGACAGAUAAUGCACUCAGUUAAGCUCUGCUAACUUAGCAAUGGAAGAGUUAUUGGGCACUUUGGUAGGAUCAUCAAGGAAAGUUUUACUGAGAGGAAGAGGGAUGGAAUAUAGAAAAGCAAUUCUUCAUGUACUGUGAUAGAAAGGUCACAUAUGUGGAAGAACAACCAGUCCUAUUGUGCUGUGAUUUGAGGAAGGCAGGGUUGAAGGACAGGGAAGGUCUUGCACUAAACGCUAUUCACGCUAUUCCCUUUAUCAUGUAUCUGUACACUGUGGAUGGCUCGAUUGCGAACAUGUAUUAUCUUCCCGCUGACAACAACUUUUCACUGUACCUCGGUACACAUGACAAUAAACUAAACUCAAACUCAAAACAAGGAAGAGUUAACUGUGAACAUACAAAAACAAAUCAUCUUUAAAGGCAAUUCGCAUUUCCCAACCAGAAAAGACCUACCACCUUUUAGCACAUCAAGGUUCUAUGCUUCUAGUGCCAAAUGCCAUAGUUU